AUGUUCUUUUGGCCAGUUAUUACAGUUUUUUGCGCUCCUGACAAUGCUGGGAGAGAGUUUCUUGUGGUGUACAUGGAAAAUGCGGCCGACACUUUCUCCACUGAAUUGGAACUUUACGUCACGACGUCGCAUCAAAGCGACGUCAGAGUCAACGUGACGUCACCUCAACGAGGCGUGAACGGAGUUGAUGAGCAGUUUGUUGUACGGUCUGGUUAUGUUCAUCGAUUGUUCAUUUCGUACCAUCUUCGCCUGAUAGGAUCAGCAAAAUCUGGAAACGCUCUUUUAGUGCGGUCGGACGAAGAAGUGGUUGUUUAUACGGUGAACAAAGAAAUAUAUACAAAUGACGCGUACCUGGCUUUACCUACGGACGUUUUGGAGCAUCAGUAUUUCACCGUGUCGUACUAUCCAGCAACGUACAAGACUCAGUUUGCUGUAGCAGCUACGGACGAUUGCAUCGUUUCGGUAACUCUUCCAAAUCCUCAAACAUUCCUUGAGGUCGUUUUUGAAGGAACGAGCUACUAUAACGGAGACACAUUUGACGUAAGCCUGUCCAAGUUCGAAUCUUUCCAAAUCCAAAGUGACGGAGAUUUAACGGGAACAUCCAUUUCGGCUGACAAACCGAUUGCGGUUUUUAGUGGGAAUCAGCGUCCCCGUGUAAACGGCUACAGUACAGACCAUCUCGCUGAGCAGCUCCCUCCAGUGUCAACGUGGGGCAAAAUGUUUGCUGUCGUUCCAACGCCGAACCGUACCGUUGGCGACUUCGUGAAGUGUGUAGCCAGUGAGGAUCAGACGUCACUUACUGUUUCCGGCUAUGGAACGUAUUCAAUAGGAGAAGCCGGUCAAAGUAUCCAACUGUCCGUAAGUUCUGAAGACUUCGUCAGCAUUCAUGCCGACAAACCAAUCCUUGUUGUCCAGAUCGUCAAGAGUCAAGAGACCGCGAAAUCUGAAGAGAAAGCCGAUCCUGCUAUGUCAGUGAUCUACCCAGUAGAACAGUUCUCGGCGGACUGCACCAUAUCAACGCCAGAGUACUCCCAAAAUGGCGCGUACACAAACUCUUUACUGAUCGUCGUGAAGGAUUCCCAGACUCAGGGGUUAAGACUGGAUCACGCGCCACUGGGUGAUUCGGUGGUGUGGACGCCAUUUGUGGGACUGAACUACUCUGGCGCCCAGAUUUCCAUAUCCCAUGGCAGCCACACGCUUUACCAUAUCAUCCCGACCGUGACGUUUGGUGGGAUUCUGUACGGAUACGCCCAGUAUGAAGCUUUCUCCCUCCCGCUAGGCGUGAGACUGGCGCCUGUUAAUUUGCCUUGUAUUGUCAGUUUCUCUUUGAGCGGAGACGGGUUUGAUAACGAUUGCGAUGGACGGAUAGAUGAGGAGAUAUGUGAUGACGGCAACAAAGAUGACGACGAAGACGGGCAAAUCGACGAAGAUUGUGCGAGUCCAUCUGUUUAUAACAUAGGUACUGUUUCUGAGACAGCGGGUAUCGCUAACACAACAGCAAACCCAACCACAGCCACCAGCGGUAUAGUAUCACUCACUAACGAGUACAAUGGUUCAACAGUUGACCAUACAAGGGAGACGGAAUUACAUUCACCGAUUCUACCCAGCUGCCCAAAGGGCUGGUUUUCCUGUGGCUCGCCUCCAGCCCAUUGCCUCGAGAACGCUUUCCUGUGUGACUGUCACGAGGACUGUCCCGGGGGGUGGGAUGAGACCCUCAAGGCGGGAUGCACACACUCAGACGUAGAGAUGUGCCAGCGUGAUUCAGGUAGCAGAUCUCCCCAGGCUGAUACUCUCAACGUGAUUGCUGGUGUUAUCGUUCUAGCGGUGUUUGAAGCAGCUGGGCUGCAUAUUGGGCAAUACACCAUUCCAGUGGACUGCUAG